UUCAAAGACAAAAUAUGGCUUUAUCAGCACUGGUAACAUUUACAUUUUAAGUGCUAACACUUCCUAAUAACUUUUUGUAACGCUUUAGAAUGGGGAACACAUUCACUAUUAACUACUACUUUUCCCUCAAUAAACUCCUGAUUUGCUAAAAUAUGGUCAUGCAGAAUAAGGCAUUAAUAUGUGGUUUAUAAAUAAUAAUAAACAACCAAUAUGCAUGCUAAUAAGUAACUAGUUAAUAGCAAGAAUAGGUCCUUAAAAUAAAGUGUUACCUAACUUUUUUGUUAAUAAAUCAAAAGUGCCACUGUGUGUCAGUGGAUGUAUGUCAUGAGCAUUGUCUAAAAAUGACACAUUGCAUUUAGAUUUUAAUAUAAGGGAUAUGUCCCAUCCGUUCCUACUGUUAAUAGUGCCUUUGUUUUUAGGUUCGGUCUGGAUAAGGUGCGUUCGUUUACCGCCCAACAUUUCUUAUCAAAAUAGCUUGUGUGUACACGUGAAUAACACUCUGUAAAUAAGUGAAACUGCCGCAUGAUCCCCAUAAAAGGAAUCCUAGAAAACAGGUUGUUUUUUACCUUCACAAUGUUGAUCAACACCAGUCCUUUUUCUCACAUGAUGUUUUUUAGCAAAGCAGUUAUUUGUCAGUUAUUCCCCUUACAAAAAUGUAACCCCUGAUUUCACAAAAAUACUACAAUGUUCACUGUCAAGGGUUUCCAUCACCAUUGGAUUUGGAUUUGAGUUUUUGUAUUUGGACUUAAAACGCUCAAUGACAAUCUACAGGAGCCCUUCUGCAACCUUCCCAACCUAAAGAAGAUUUAAGAGCAAAUUUACAGUGGUUCAGGAGCAUUGCUGCUAUUACAGAAAUAAUGACAUGAGAGGUGGCUAGUGCUACCAUGUGGUGCCUCCAGUCUCACACCCGAAUGAAAGCACAUACACCCCACAGGGACCCACAGCAGGCUUUUCUACCUUGACCUCAGAGUCCUCUGAUUGACCCUGCACACAAAAACAGUUAUAUUCACUCGCACCUUCUGUCUUGCUCACCGAUUGUCCUCAUCCUACAUCCUGUGGCAAGCUCCUCUCUUCCUUCCUUAGAGCAAGCAGGCCUGGAGGUUACAAAUGUCUACCUCACGCUUAAAGGUCCUCUCUCUACAACUGCGACCCUGAACACACUACAAAAAUGACCUCUAGCAUAGACCGGGAUGACAGCAGUAUCUUUGAUGGGUUGAUGGAAGAAGAUGAGAAGGACAAAGCAAAAAGAGUUUCUAGGAACAAGUCGGAAAAGAAGAGGCGAGACCAGUUCAAUGUGCUCAUCAAGGAACUGGGCACCAUGCUUCCGGGCAACACCCGCAAGAUGGACAAGUCUACCAUCCUACAGAAAAGCAUCGACUUCCUGCGCAAGCACAAAGAAAUUGCCGCACAGUCCGAGUCAAGUGAAAUCCGUCAGGACUGGAAGCCACCUUUCCUUAGCAAUGAGGAGUUUACACAGCUGAUGCUGGAGGCACUAGAUGGCUUCUUUUUGGCCAUCAUGACAGACGGAAACAUAAUCUACGUCUCAGAAAGUGUCACAUCUUUAUUAGAACAUCUACCUUCUGAUCUUGUGGAUCAGAAUCUGUUGAAUUUCCUUCCACUGGGUGAGCACUCAGAGGUGUAUAAAGCUCUAUCCACACACAUGCUGGAGGGAGAGACCCUCACCCCAGACUACCUAAAAACAAAGAACCAGUUGGAGUUCUGUUGCCACAUGCUCCGGGGAACGAUCGACCCGAAAGAGCCACCCGUUUAUGAGUAUGUCAAGUUCAUCGGAAACUUUAAGUCCCUCAACACUGUGCCUAACUCAACACGUAACGGCUUUGAGGGAGUGAUCCAGCGAUCGCUGAGGCCCAUGUUCGAAGACCGAGUGUGUUUCAUAGCAACUGUGAGGCUAGCCAAGCCUCAGUUUAUCAAGGAAAUGUGUACUGUGGAGGAGCCCAAUGAGGAAUUCACCUCCAGACACAGUUUAGAGUGGAAAUUCCUCUUCUUGGACCACAGGGCACCCCCCAUCAUAGGCUACCUACCCUUCGAGGUUCUGGGUACUUCAGGGUACGACUACUAUCAUGUGGACGACCUGGAGACUCUGGCCAAAUGCCAUGAACACUUGAUGCAGUAUGGUAAGGGGAAGUCGUGCUAUUACCGUUUCCUGACUAAAGGUCAGCAGUGGAUCUGGCUUCAGACUCACUACUAUAUCACCUACCACCAGUGGAACUCACGGCCGGAGUUCAUCGUCUGCACACACACUGUGGUCAGCUAUGCUGAAGUGAGGGCUGAACAGCGCAGGGAGCUGGGCAUUGAGGAAUCACCUCCUGAGAUCUCAGCAGACAAGUCUCAGGACUCCGGCUCUGAGUCCCAGUUGAACACCUCCAGCCUGAAGGAGGCGCUAGAGCGAUUCGAUCACAGCCGCACACCCUCCGCCUCCUCACGGAGCUCCCGCAAAUCCUCCUCACACACCGCUGUCUCGGACCCCACGUGUAUGUAUUACAUACCAAAGACAGAAGCCACACAGACAAAGCUACAGACAGACCGUAGCACACCCCCCCGCCAAUCAGUGUCAGCCAUUGAGAUGACAUCACAGCGGAGGUCCUCCAUUAGCAGUCAGUCGAUGAGUUCUCAGAACACAGGACAGACGAUGGCCACAUCUCUUGUGUCUCAGCCUCAGCAGCCUCAACCACUUCAGCCCAGUGUGCAGCCAGUGCUGCAGUUUUCCACGCAGAUGGAUGCGAUGCAACAUCUUAAGGACCAGCUGGAACAGCGCACACGCAUGAUUGAGGCCAACAUCCAGAGACAACAAGAGGAACUGCGGCAAAUCCAGGAUGAGCUGCAGAGGGUGCAAGGCCAGGGCUUACAGAUGUUCUUGCAGCCCGGAGCUAGUGGUGUCAACCUCGGCUCAGUGCAGCUGACGCAGGGAUCAUCCGUGCAGCCAGGGGGCGCUCUGUCCAUGCAGGGGGCGGUGGUGCCGGCAGGGAGCCUGCAAAGUGGCCUGCAAUCCACACACACAGCGACACAACACACUGUCACACAGCAUCCUCAGCAGGCACCACCACAACAACAGAACCUUCUCAGAGAUCAGAGCUCCACGCUAACUCAGCAGUCUCAGAGGUCGUCUCACACAUUGCAGUCUCCUCAGGGAGCACUGCCUGCAUCUUUGUAUAAUACCAUGAUGAUCUCUCAGCCGGCGCAGGCCAACGUUGUCCAGAUUGCCACAAGCUUGGCCCAGAACAGCACCCCCAGCGGAGCCGCGGUUGCCACCUUCGCACAAGACCGGCAGAUACGGUUCCCUGCUGCCCCACAGCUCCUCACUAAGCUAGUAACCGGCCCAAUGGCGUGUGGUGCAGUUAUGGUGCCUACCACCAUGUUCAUGGGGCAGGUGGUGACUGCGUUUGCCCCUCAGCAGGGCCAGGCUCAAACAAUCAGCAUUGCCCAGCAGCCAUCUGCGCAGACGCCAGAGCAGCAGGCGCAAACGCAGUCACAGACAGCUACAGGAACAGCCCAACAGCAAGGACAGGCCCAGGCUCAGCUUGCCCAGCAGCAAACGCAGUUCCUACAGGCCCCUCGGCUUUUACAUGGCAACCAAUCUACCCAGCUGAUCCUUCAGGCAGCGUUUCCCCUGCAGCAGCAAGGCACCUUUGCAGCCGCAACACAACAACAACAACAGCAGCAACUGCAACAGCAGCAGCAACAACUGCAGCAGCAGCAGCAACAGCAGCAACAACAGCUGCAGCAGCAGCAUCAACAACAACAACAACAGCUGCAACAUCAACAUCAACAACAGCAGCAGCAGCUGCAGCAACAACUGGCAGCUCAUCGCUCAGACAGCAUGACGGACCGGUCCAAAGCGCCACCUCAGUAGCUGACCGCACGUCAGGGACACAACCGAAUCUCCACUGAGCAGUCCUGCAGGCUGGCGGGCUUCUGAGGGGGCUGUUUGGAGCUAAACAAUAGCAGUAUUUUGUACUGUACCCUCUCAGAUACCCUUCCACUGCUUAUAGGUGAAGGGCCAGACCUAAACGGGUGUCGUUUUUGCACCCCGUGCCCUCUCCGACCUAUAGGUAGUUGAUCAACGGCUGCUUGCACUGAAUUCUGGGAGAGGUCCGACCACGAACGCCGAACUUUCUACUGGCUGGCGAGGAAGCAGCGGCGUCUGGUUUUCCGCAAACUGUCUCCACCACAAUAACCGCGUCCCCUUUGUCUCGUAUGCCCAGUGUGUGCCGUCAUCCCUCUUUCACAGGUUUAAUUUAUGCAGAACGAGCCGCAGCGAAGGCUUCAAGACUUGAAGUCGUUGCGCAGGACAAACGGCGCCUCUCUCUUUCUCUUAGCCUCUCUUUCUCCUCCUCUUUCCUCCUCAUUUUACUUGUUGCAAGUAAUUAUGGGUCAGAAAAUAUUUUUAAGAAUGUCACGUGGAUUCAACUUUUAUUGUACAGUUCACCUGUAAAAUAAUGUGUAAAUAUAUGGACAAAAGGAAAGAGAAACUAAUAUUUUAUAUGAUGCAUGAGACGAAAAGCGUAGUCUGUUAUUUGUAGCUUUGAAUAUACUUUUUUUCUAAUAUUCAGAGGAAAAAAGCAAAACUUAAUACACAUAAUGGCUGAUCUCUUCACAGACUUCCUUUUUCCAGUGGGAUGGGGGUGAGUGUGUGUAUGUGCUUGCGCACAUGUGUUCGUAUGUGUGUGUGUCUGCCAAUGCUGGAUCCACAGAUUGUGUCACAGUUGGUUUAAAACGGCCUUCGUGUUUUAGUAAAACUGUUAAAGCAACAGGCAUUCUUUAGAUGUUUUGCAUCGUGUUAUACACCUUAGUAAUUGCAAAAAAUAGGUAUAUUUCAGAGAGAUGUUUUACAUUUGUAAAUAGUUUAAAGAGAAGGCUUCAGAUUUAGUAUAUCAUGCGAUUAGGCAAAAAAUAAAAGUAGGAAAUGGCGCUUCGACUGUUUAGCGCAGAAUCAUUACGGCUGGCAGCGGCCUUGCGACAUUUGCUGUUAUGUACUGAUGAUAGCUACAUACUCUGCCAAACUGGAACUGAUGCUUAAAACAGCAGGGUUAUGAUGAGGAAAAAUAUAAUCGCAUAGUGUGUAUGAUCCUAAAGGAUACAGGUAAAUUAGCGUAAGGCUAAGCCAUUGCUUCCUCUAGUUUUACAAUGGUUUACAUGGUUGAUUACACUGUUAUACAGUGUUUUAGGUAUGAUUUACUAAAUAGGUUUGACUAACCAGAAAUAUUUUACACAACCAAACCUGUUUAUCACAUAUUUGCACAGCUUUAAUGCAGGAAUACUUUCACUGCCUUUCUUGGGUCUCCGCUCGUUUACAAACGACGACAUUUCAAUGAUAGCAACUUGACUUUGCAAACUUCUUCCACUCAGCUCUGGAAAAGCAGGAAUGUAUCGGUUCACUAGUACCUCUGUAACGCUGACAUAGUCACUAGCAACUUCUAGCUCUUUGUCCAAAGCACAGAAAACAACCCUAAUGUUGACAAUCUGAUUCUGUUCAUUGGCCUCUGUAGUGCUACAAUUACGGUUGUUGAUUAAUUUGAUAUACUGAUAAACUGUUUAACUGUGUCUUCAGGAUCUUAAGAUUUCUAUUUAUGCUUGACAAGACAGUAAUUGCUCAAGUUAAAGCUUCCCCAAAGUUGCUCGAUGAGACGUUGUUAGUAGUUAACCAUCAUGAAUGUUCAAAAGUAAUAAUUAUGUUUUCUUCUAGUUAUAUAUCUAUGAUGGAUGGAGCCCUUUUAUCCUUACGAAGAAAUUUUAAACACUAUAUUUUUGUUUUUUAAUUAUAAAAGCUGAGAGUCACUUUUAUCAACAGGUAGCACUUAUGGAUGACAGUUUUUGUAUUUUUUGUAUUGGUCUUGUUAGACAAGACCGUGUUAUUAAUUGUUUUAAUUAUUAUUCUAAUCAUCAGAAGUUUGCGCACUAAUGAGCAAUAUUGCCUCUCCAGGUUAGUACAAGUAGACAGGCGUAGUUCAUUCCAAUAUUUUCCAUAUCAGACUUCACUAUAUAUGAAAGUGGCAGUCAGAAUGUUUGGUUUGUGUGGGAUGUUAAAGCCAACCACCUAGAGUGCUGGUCCAAUCACAGUUCAUGUUGCAGUAUCCACUCAAUAGCAGAAUAACUCAUGUGAUCUAUGAUAAUGCAGUAUGUAAUCUAUCCUAUUGAUCUUCUACCCUUCGAGGCGGUCCUACGGUAUUUGACGCUCAUUAAUGUGUUGGUUUCUGUAGUCGUGUAAAAGUAAUGGAUGGCUGUACAUUUCAAUUCCACAGAAAUUUUAUGACGGCACGGCUAGGAUGAGCAAGGCGAGAUUAUUGAUUGAAUGUAAAACUGUCAUUUAGCUUUAUAGUAACAUAUAAAGAAUAUUUUAAAGAGGAAUAUAUUGAAAAUGAGAUGUUCUUAUUUUUCUACGGCAAGGUCAGAACAGAGAAUUUAUGCAGAUAGACUAUAGUUGAUGUAUAAAACAGCUGUUAUACACCUUUUGCUAGGAAAGGGAACAGAAAAUUAAGCUUACUCCAUAUUGUAACCUCAAAUGAAGGAUUUAAACAAACUGUGACACACUGGAGGACCAGUUGAACUUUCUCCCCACAAUGCAGUCGGAUUAGGAAGUGGUUAUUUUAAGGUUUUUGCCUAAGUAAGAGAGGUCUUUGAUGUUUGCUACAGACUCCUGCUUAUGGUUUUGGGGUACUUGAAGGUAAUACAAUUUUUUUUUUUUUUUUAAAGAAAUCUUGCUUAAAAAGUAUAGGACACCUAUACAAAUUCAGGCUGGGUCGAAAACGACCCUUCUGAUGCAUAGUGCAUCCUCUCGCACCGGCAUCAAAUUUCAGUUGUUGAUGCGUGAUGAUGUUUUAGAGUACAAGGGGUUGUUUUUCUGUUUUCUGCACUGAUUUGUAUUAUGUCAGGCCUAAGGUAACAGAAAUACUACAGCUUCCUCAGGUUGGUUCAGAAUAAUAGUAAGCCCACAUCAAUCUUGCCCCUCCUUUCUCUUCCUCACUUGAUCUUGUGAUAGUGACCUCUUCAAAAACACACAUUCUUCUGCAUUUACACACACACACACACACACACAUACACACACACACACACACACACAAAAAAAAAAACAGGACGAUAUAAAAUGGUAAUGUACCUCUGAAUUGUCUGUGGUGCUCGAUGCAACUCCAUGUCAGCUGGUGUUUUAACCCAAAGAGCUUUGAGAAAAGAUGGGAGAACAUGGCAAAAUCAUGUUGAAUUUGUUUUUGAAAUAUUAAAAGCGCCCAGUGGAAAAGGAGGUGGUGAACCAUGUUAAAUGUUCUGUAGUUCUGAUGUACGCACUAGAAGUUCUGAAUGUCUAUCAGUGUUCUCUUGCUAUCAUUUAAUCUUUGUACGUGUGAUGUUCUUUGCAGAGCACUUGUGUUUGGCUCAUGAAAUUUAUCUGGUCAGUACACAUUAAUAUGGAGGAAAAAUAGCAAAUUAUUUAAUUAUACCUAUAAAUAGGUUUAAACUCUCACCAUUUGUUAGGUUUCAAAUUUUAAUGCUCCAUCAGGGGCUACCAGAGCAUAGCUCUGUUUUCCUAAACUCAGUAAAAAAAAAGAAAAAAAAGAAAAGAACAGAAAAGAAAGAAAGAAAUCUGUAAUAUCAGAAAACAGGGUGCUGUAUUGGGUUCAUUUUGUGAGCCAGGCCAUUCUUACAUUUAACAAAGAAAUAAUGGAACCUUUUUAAACAAACAGUGCUGUUUACUCCCCUUAUUCAAUUUUGAAAAUAAAAUUAUUUAAAAAAAAUAUAUAUAUAUACACA